CGUCACCUGUGACGUAAUGGUGAAAUCACUAACCGGAAGUAAACCCGGUAACGCGGAAGUAGCUGUAAACAACCAAACAAUCGUUGUUCGAGAAGAUCGUUUGUCGUUUGGAUUCUCGUGCUGGUUCGACUAGAGCGCAUCAAGAUGGAAUUCCUUUUCGGGAAGAGAAAGACUCCGGAGGAGAUGCUGAAGCAGAACCAGAGGGCGCUCAACCGGGCCAUGAGGGAGCUAGACAGAGAGCGAUCAAAACUGGAGCAGCAGGAGAAGAAGAUCAUUGCUGACAUUAAGAAAAUGGCCAAACAAGGACAAAUGGACUCCGUUAAUAUCAUGGCCAAAGAUUUGGUCCGCACGAGACGCUACGUGAAGAAGUUCAUCAUGAUGAAGGCCAACAUUCAGGCCGUCAGUCUGAAGAUUCAGACUCUCAAGUCCAACAACAGCAUGACGCAAGCCAUGAAGGGGGUCACCAAAGCCAUGGCCACCAUGAACAGACAGCUCAAACUGCCUCAGAUCCAGAAGAUCAUGAUGGACUUUGAACGUCAGAGUGAGAUGAUGGAUAUGAAAGAGGAGAUGAUGAGCGACGCCAUCGACGACGUCCUGGGGGACGAAGACGAUGAGGAUGAGAGCGAUGCCAUUGUGUCCCAAGUCCUGGAUGAGCUGGGUCUUAAUCUCAAUGACGAACUCUCAAAUCUCCCGGCGACUGGCGGAAGCUUGUCGGUGGCCAGCGGGAAGAAAGCGGAGCCUCAAGCGUCCCUCGCCGACGCGGACGCUGACCUGGAGACGCGGCUCAAUAACCUCCGCAAAGACUGAACGCAUGUUGACAUUACGUCUUGGUAUUUCUUUGAAGCAACGUUAGCCCUGAUGGUGGAUUUAUUUUGUUUUGUUUCCUGCGGUGGUUUAUUUGAUGUGGGGUAUGUUAUAUCAAACUUAUAGGUCCUCUCAUUUAUGACAAUGCCAGAUUUUGACUACUCACUUUUUGUUAUACUUUCAAUUAACACUAAUGAUUAAUAACCCGAGCAAUUUUUUUUUAAAUAUUAUAAUCGUGUGGAAAAAUCUAAAUCCAAAUCCGUGAAGCAUAGAGAUGGUCAUUUUAUU